AGUCCGAGACUCUAUGUCUCUUUAUUGGUGCAUUUAGUCCAUUUACAUUCAGCGUAAUUAUAGAUAAAUAAGUGUUUAGUGUUGUCAUUUUGAUACCUUUUUAUGUGUGUUGUUGACAAUUUCAUUUUUCCACUUUUUUGUGCUGAGACGUUUUUCUUAGUAAAUUGUGAGAUCCUUAUUUUCGUAGUGUUUGACUUUAUGUUGAGUCGUUACGUUUUCCUUGGUUUUCAUUAAGAGUUAUGGAGUUGUUAUACCUCUUUGUGGUUACCUUAAUAUUUACCCCUAUGUUUCUAAGUAAAAACCUAACUGGUUUGGUCCUAUAUCACCUUGUUUCCCUCUCCAUAUGGCAGUUCAAUGCCUCCUGUAUUUAGUCCCUCUUUUUGAUUAUUGUGAUCUUUUACAUAUUGACUUCAGUGAUUCCCUGUUUUGAGCGUUUUUUUCUGUUUGAAAUUAAUCUUAAUUUGUUUUUGUGAUUUCCCUAUUUGAGUUGAUAUCAGGAUGUUCUGUUCUGUGACCUUGUGUUGUGCUGGUAUCUAAUAUUACUGGUUUUCUGACCAAACAAUUUCUUUUAGUAUUUCUUGUAGCUUUGGUUUGGUUUUUGCAAAUUCUCUAAGCGUGUGUUUAUCUGUAAAUGUUUUAAUUUCGCUUUCAUAUCUGAGAGAGAGUUUUGCUGGAUAUAUGAUCCUUGGCUGGCAGUUUUUCUCCUUCAGUGCUCUAUAUAUGUCAUCCCAUUGCCUUCUUGACUGCAUGGUUUCUGCUGAGUAGUCUGAACUUAUUCUUAUUGAUUCUCCUUUGUAGGAGACCUUUCUUUUAUCCCUGGCUGCUUUUAAAAUUUUCCCUUUAUCUUUGGUUUUGGCAAGUUUGAUGAUAAUAUGUCUUGGUGAUUUUCUUUUUGCGUCAGUCUUAUAUGGGGUUCGAUGAGCAUCUUGGAUAGAUAUCCUGUCGUGUUUCAUGAUGUCAGGAAAGUUUUCUGCCAACAGAUCUUCAACUAUUCUCUCUGUGUUUUCUGUUAUCCCUCCCUGUUCUGGGACUCCAGUCACACGCAAGGUAUUCUUCUUGAUGGAGUCGCACAUGAUUCUUAGGGUUUCUUCAAUUUUUUAAAUUCUUUUAUCUGUUUUUUUUUUUCCAGCUAUAUUGGUGUCAGUUGCCUUGUCCUCCAGAUCCACCACCCUGCAUUCCAGUUGCUUGAGUCUGCUCCUCAGACUUCGUAUUGAGUUGUCUAAUUCUGUAAUUUUACUGUUAAUGUUUUGAAUUUCUGAAUGCUGUCUCUCUGUGGAUUCUUGCAGCUUAUUAUUUUUUCCACUAUGUUCCUGAAUAAUCUUUUUGAUUUCUUCAACUGCUUUAUCAGUGUGUUCCUUGGCUUUUUCUGUAGAUUGCCUUAUUUAAUUUCUGAGGUCAUUCCUGAUGUCUUGAAGCAUUCUGUAUAUUAGUUUUUUUAUAUUCUGCAUCUGGCAAUUCCAGGAUUGUAUCUUCAUUUGGGAAAGAUUUUGAUUCUUUAGUUUGGGGAGUUGUAGAAGCAAUCAUGGUCUGCUUCUGUAUGUGGUUUGAUGUCGACUGCUGUCUCCGAGCCAUCUCUAAGAUAUUGUAGUGAUUUAUUUUGUAUUUGCUCACUGAGUCUUAUCUUGUUUUGUUUUCUUUCAGUCUACGUAGAUGGGCUACUAGAUUGCGCUGUCUUGAUUGUUGCAGCCCUUGUAUCACUUAUGUGCUAUUACCAGCUGGUUUGGGCUGUUACCAGAUAUAUAUGCCUAAGAGUCCAUUCACUAUUCUUGAGUAGAAUCUGAUUUUGGGUCAUCAAGUGUGUGGUGCAGACUGUCACCUAUCCACCUAGAGAAGUAGUGGUGAUAGUUGUGUGCACCAGAUUCUAGUAGCAGCAGGGGUUCACACUCCACGAGGGGGCAGGAUGCUGACAGGCUUCCCUCAAGUGCCAGUGAGGUAGGAGUGUCUCUAUUCCUAAAGCACUUUGGUGGGUGGGCUCUGCAGGUGUACCUUAGGCCCCCAAUGCAAGUACCUCUACAGAUUGGUAGGUGUCACCCUCCUUAGACCCCUAAGGCAGGAGGCUAGGUGUCUGGGGGGAGCUUCAGCCCUCAGUUCCUUGUUGUGGGUCAGUGAGGGCUGUGUUGAAUAGGCAGAGAUACCAGACCUGGAAAACUUGUCUUUCCAGUAAUCCGCUAAAUCAAUUACAGUCAGAUCCCUCUCAGAAUCGCCUUUGCAUUAUAAUCCUAUCUUGUUCCCUGUAGGGAUGAAAGCCCAAGACUGUGGAUCACAUAUGUUUGGGUGGAGCUGGUUCUGUAUUUUUAGUCCAAUUAGGGAAGGAUUUUUGGUCCCUGGGUUUUUUGUACCUGCUUCUCUCAGGGCAGGAGAAUGGGUUAGGAAAAGACGAAAAAGAAAAACCGCAGCACACUUAACACUCUCUGGCUCAGGAAAUUCCAAUGUUAAUGAAGCCGCCUGGGAAGGGGAGGGGGGGUUCAGAUAAAUAGGAGAGAGUAGCACCCCGGAAUAUAGACAAAGUUACUUACCUUGUUUGGUGAUGACUGUUUUAUCUGAGAUUCCCGGGGGGCAUGUAGCAUGUGUGCGUUGGCUGGGUUGAGAUUGCCUCCGAGGGUCAAGCCAGCGUCCUGUGCUUGUGCUGUCUCAGAAACUGUGGUCAGUUCCUCCGCUCCCAGUCCAGAGCCCAGCGCCAAGGUUCCCUGGCUGGGACGUUGCACUCUAGGCUCCAAAACCAGUCGCUGUCUCCUGGUGACUUCUCCUCCUGUCAGCCGCGUCGCUGCGCUGCCUGUGUGCACCGGCUGGGCUUCCCCUGAGGUCAUUUCUGGGCGCUAGGGCUGCGUCCUGUGUUUGUGCCGUCUCAGGAUGCUGUGCCCAGCUCCCCCGCGCCCCGUCCAAAGCCCAGCGCCGUGGGUUCCUGACUGGGACGCUGGCUUCAGGCUCCGAAAACAGUUGCUGCUUCCCUGUGGUGGUUCGCUCCUAGUCUCUGUCACUCAGGUCAACUCUUUAGAUCUGUGUUUGAUGGUCAGGGUUCGUAGAUUGUCAUGUAUGUGAUCGAUUCACUUGUUUUUCCGAGUCUUGGUUGCAAGAGGGAUCCGAGAUAGCUUCUGCCUAGUCAGCCAUCUUGGCCUCGCCUCACUUUUAUUUCUUUAUAUCCCCUUGCCUUCCUUUCCAAAUGAAAGAUCUAUGACUACGUUUCUUUAUUGUUUUAAUGUUGUCUUUUUCAGAAUGACAUCACAGUUUCCCUGUUUUGAGCUUUUUUUUUUUUAAUCUUGAUUUAUUUUUGUGACUUCCCUAUCUGGGUUGACAUCUGGUUGCUCUGUCCUGUGUUCUAGUCUUGGGUUGAUAUCUGAUAUUGAUUUACUAACCAGAGAACACCCUUUAGGAUUUCUUAUAGUUUUGGUUUGGUUUUUACGAAUUCCCUAAACUUCUGUAUAUCUGGAAAUGUCCUAACUUUGUCUUCAUAUUUGAGAGACAGUUUUGCUGGAUGUAUGAUUCUUGGCUGGCAGUUUUUUUCCUUCAGCGUUUUAUGUAAGUCAUCCCAUUGCCUCUUGCCUGCAUGGUUUCUGCUGAGUAGUCCGAGCUUAUUCUUAUUGACUUUUCUUUGCAGGUGACUUUUUGUUUAUCCCUAGCUGCCCUUAAAAUUCUCUGUUUAUCUUUGGUUUUGGCAAGUUUGGUUAUGUCUUGAUGACUUUCUUUUGAGAUCUACCUUAUGUGGAGUUCAGUGAGCGUCUUGGAUAGAUAUCUUCUCAUCUUUCAGGAUACCAGGCAAGUUUUCUAUGAACAAAUCUUCAACAGUUCUCUCUGUAUUUUCUGGUAUCCCUCCAUGUUCUGGUACUCCAGUUACUUGUAGGUUAUUUCUCUUGAUAGAGUCCCACACGAUUCUUAGAGAUUCUUUAUUUAAAAAAAAAAUUUUUUUUUCUUCGAAUACAUUGGUGCUGUGUUUUAUCUUCAGUCUCACUAAUUCUGCGUUCUGGUUCCUCAGUUCUGCUCCUCUGACUUUGUAUUGUCUAAUUUUCUAAUUUUAUUGUUAAUCUUCUGAAUUUCUGAUUGCUGUCUCACUGUGAAUUCUUGCAGCCUAUUAAAUUUUUCGUUAGGGUCUUGAAUAACCUUUUUAAUUUCUUCAACUGCUUUGUCUCUGUGUUCCUUGGCUUCUUCUGCGUUUUGCUUGAUCUUAUUCCUGAUGACUUGAAGAGUUCUGUGUAUUAAUCUUUUGUAUUCUGCAUCUGGUAAUUCCAGGAGGACACUUUCAUCUGGAAGAUUCCGUGAUUCUUGGUUUUGAGACCUUGUUGAAGCCAUCAUAGUCUUCUUCUUUAUGUGAUUUUAUAUUGACUGUUGUCUCCGAGCCAUCUAUAAGUUUUUGUAUUAGUUUAUGUUUGCUUACUGUAUCCUAGCUUUUUGCUUUGUUUUAUUUUGAUAUCCCCAGAUAGGCUGCUUGAGUGAUCUGGCUUCAUUAUUUGCACCUUUUAAGCUCUAAUGUCCUGUCACCAGAUGGCUAGAGCUGUUUACCAGGUAUAUGAGCCUAGGAGUCCACUCAUUUUUCUUGUAUGGAUUCAGCGCAGGUGUCCAGGUAUUUGGUCAUCAAGUGUGUGGUACAGGCUCUGUCCUGCAGUCUUAGAGGGGCACAGGUGAUUGGUGUAGUUACAGGUAUUUGGUUACGGCAGGGGGUCAUGCUCUGAACAAGGUAGGGGGCUGACAACCGUCUCCUGAGUGUCUGUGAGGAAAGCACAUCCCUGUUCUCUAGAGUACACAGGUGGGUGGGUUCUGCAGCUGGACCAUGGGCACCCAGUGCUUUUGGUUGUAGGGACUGGGAGGUACCACUUAUCUGUGGACCCAUCACGGGUGGCUAGGUGACAUAGGUGGAGCCACCAGGCCUUAGGCCCCUGACGUGGGUAGGUGAGGACCCUGUUUAAUAGGCAAAGCGGUGUCAAACAUCAAACACUCACUUCCCCACUGCACUGCUGGAACAGUUGGUCUGCCAACAAGGGCCUGUUCUCCAGAAAUGGGCCCACACAGUUCCAUGCAGGGGUGAAAGGUAUUCAAAGUCUGUGGACCAUUUGUGCCUGGACAAAAGCCGCUUCUGUCCUGAGCACCCCAGCUUAGUGGAACUGGCAGAUUAUCUUUUCCCUAAAUUUUUAACUUAUUCCUUCUUCAAGGCUGGGAGAAUGGCUCAGCGUGCGCAGCAGGACCUAUUUCAGGCCCAGGGAAAUCGACAGUUGCUGAAACUGGCUUGGGGGCUGGGGGUGCGGUAAAAUAAAUGCAAGUACUUAGCUUUUGCCCAGAGCGCUGUUGUUCUCUGGUUCUGGAGGUGUGAGUAGGCUGUGCAGUUCGCUGUCUCUCCCUGAGGAAACCAUGUCCUCUGGAACACUACAGCCAGCCCCGUCGUGGUCGCUCCAGGGAGUGGUGCCUGACGGUUCCUGGCAAUUCUGGUCCUGCAACUCCUCGUUGUUUCUGAGCUGUCUUACCCUCUCCCUGCCACUCAGUCUGUUUUCUAACUUUGCCUUAGGUGUUCAGGGCUCCUGGCUUAUCAUAUAUAUAAUCGCUUCACUUGUUUUUUUUGGUUUUUGUUGUAAGAGGGAUCACCGGAAGCGUCUGACUACCCCACUGUCUUGGCCCCACCCUGGACUAGAAGGAAUCUUAGAUUAUUAUUUUGUUGUUGUUGAGAAUAUGCACAGUAAAACAUACACCAAUUGAACGGUCUCUACGUGUACCAUUUAGUGAUGUUGAUUACAUUCUUAAAAUUGUGUAGUCAUUCUCACCCUCCUUUUCAGAGUUGUUCCUCCACAUUGGCAUAUGCUCACUGUCACUCUCCCACCAGGCACUUACCUACUCUUUCAAGUUGAUGUUAUAAAUUGGAUCCCAUAUAUAUAGUUCUCAAAAGAGCAUGAUGCUCAAGGCAGACAUUUUUUACUAGUUAAGCUAAACUAUUGUUUGGUGGAUCUUAGGUUAUUUGAGCCAGUCGGUUUGGAUGUUUAAGACUUUUCAAAAGGUGUUGGAAAUCGGUAGCUUUUCUAGUUUUUCCAUUACUUUAACAUAACGCUGUCUUUGGACUAAAAUGUUCCUGAUGCCAGCCUCUUUGGAAUUAAACAAUGGGCAGAACUUCUUAGCUCAGUGGAUGACCAAUCCUUCUCGGGCUGGCGUUAUAUUAAAUCAUGGAUUUCCCAUUUUGGAAGCAGAAGGAGAGAAUCAAGCAGCUGUGAACCUUUCUACCAGUUUUCCUGUUAAAGCUACACAGUUUUCGAAUAGCUUCAGCUUUAUAAAUGAAGAAGAUUCACUUCACGAAGAACAGAAAUUGGAGACUGACAGUUCUUAUAAACUACAAUCAGAUAAAUCCAAAACACAUACAGCCUUCUCUGUAACUAAAAAUGAACCACAAAUAGUGGCACGUCAGGAUGUUCCUGGACACUGGGAAGAUAACAAAAAUGACUUUAUCCUAGAUCUUACAAGUGAAUUCAAAGGAAUGGCAUAUAAAGACCCACUUUUUAAAAAACUGGAACAGCUGAAGGAAGUACAGCAGAAGAAGCAGGAACGACUGAAGAAGCAACAGUUAGAGCAACUACAAAGACUCAUGGAAGAACAAGAGAAGCUGCUUAUUAUGGUGCCUGAGCAACAUAGGUUCCCAGCUUCAACUCUACUGCCUGAUGAUCAGAGCCAAGAGUAUAGAUCUCCAUGUAAUUCAGCUACUGUAGAUAAAACCACGUCCUUCUCAUCAUCAUUUAUUCACCAGAAUCAAACUCAAGAAAAAAUGCACACUUCCAACAUUUUAUCUGACGAACAAAACAACUUCCGUAGCACUGCUAAUGAAGAAUUUGUCUUAACUUUAAAAAGUGGUGCCUUCCCCAGCUUGUUUUGUGGGGCACAGUGUCAAGAAGCACUUGUGAAAGAAAAUGAUUUGAAGGAAGAAAACCAUCACCCUGCUUCCGGAGAAGGUAUUUUAUCAUGUCAGGAGAAAAUGACGAAACAGAUUCAGGAAGGGAAUGAUGUGAACUUAAAACAAAUUGGUGAUUCCCCAGAAGUGGUCAAUAUUGAAGAAAGGCCUAUUAAAGCUGCUGUUAGAGAAAGAAAACAGACAUUUGAAGAUUACUUGGAAGAACAAAUUUGGUUGGAAGAACAAGAAUUGAAACAAAAACAGCUAAGGGAAGCAGAAGGAUCAUUGUUAAUCAAAGCAAAACCAAAACAACCAUUCUUAAAAAGAGGAGAAGGUUUAGCUAGAUUUACUAAUGCUAAAAAUAAGUUUCAGAAAGUGAAAGAAAGUAAACUAGUCACUAAUCAGAACACUUCAGAGGACCAACAUCAGUUUAAAGUAGAUAGACAACAAUUCCAACGGAAAACUGCUCUUAUAAAUAAAGAACCAUGUACAGAGAACUCUACUGUUAAAAAGAAUAGUAGAGCUAGAACAAAGAGUGGUUCUGUCACACAUAAUCAGAAGCCAAAACUGCUGAAGAGUAAUAAUAGAAAAAGUCUGUCUCCAUUGGAAUUGGAUAUACAGACAGGGAAGAAAUGUGAUGGGCAAUUUAGAGACAAGAUCAAAUCAGAAAAAAAAGUUGAAUCUAAUAAUAAAGAAAAUGUACUAGAGUGUACAAAGCCUUGUGAUACUGAUUGCAAAGUCUGGAAUAAGACACGUGAUAAAGAAAAACUUCCUCUUUUGACAGGGCUGGUGAACUGUAUAGCUUCUAAGAGUCGUAUAGGUGAAACUGCAAAAGAGUCAGAAUCUUCUUUUGAUGUUUCCCUUCAGAAAAAGUUAGAAAGUUGGGAACGAGAAAAGGAAAAGGAAAAUUUGGAAUUAGAUGAAUUUUUGUUUUUAGAACAAGCUGCUGAUGAAAUAUCAUUUUCCAGUAAUUCCUCAUUUGUACUGAAAAUCUUAGAAAGGGAUCAACAGAUUUGCAAAGGUCACCGGAUGUCUUCCACCCCUGUCAAAGCUCUGCAACAGGAGAAGAUGAAUACGGUGUAUCCUGUUAGUCAUUGUAACCAAAAUAAGAAUCUUGACCAUGUUGAACAUGAAAAUAAGAGUGAGUGUGAAGUCACACCCAAACAACAUGAUUCAGUGUCAUCACCUACUGUAUUGAGGGAACAAUCUUGUAAAAUUAGUAGGAAAGCAUUUCAUAUGAGCACUUCUGAAAAUCAAACUAGAUGGAAUGCAGGCGAUGAAGGUGUUAGGAACAGUGAUAGUAGUACUGACUCUGAGGAACAACUUGAUAUUACCAUAAAACCAUCAACUGAAGACAAAGAAAGGUGUCUCAGCAGCACAGAAAAUAGUCCAGAAGCCUCUGAUGGUAAGAGGCUUUUCAGGGACACUGGGACUCAAGAAGAAGCUAAAAGUAGGGAUAUUGAUCUAGAUUUGUCUCGUAAGAACUGUCGUAGUGAUGAGUCUAUUAUAAUAGAAAGCUUGAAAAAUAAGGUUUCUGAGUCCUCAAGAAAAACCUCAUCCAUAAGUAUGAGUAGAAUUGACUUUGAUGAUGAAAGAACUUGGUCUGACCUUGAAGAGAAUUUAUGUAAACAUGAUGUCAUUCUUGGGAAUGAAGCUGUUUGCGCAACUCUUCAGACAAGAUACCCUAAUAAAAGUGAAAUAUGUGUACUAGACAAAACAAUAAAAAGAAAGAUUGCACCCAUCAAGAAGGGAGAAGACUUAAUCAAAUCCACUGGGAGUGUAAGUCCUCCUACAUCAGAUCUUGUGAUGAAAUUUUUCCCUUCUCUGAAACCAAAACCAAAGUCAGAUUCACAUUUGGGAAAUGAACCCCAGUUAAACAUAAGUCAAGACCAACCAGCUGGCAGGAGAUGCCGACAUAGUCUCAAGUGUGCACUUGAUCCAAGAACCUCACUCCUCACCAGCAUCCCUCUCAAACCGAUUGUCGAGUCCAAUCCAUGUCUGAAGAGUUGGCUUUGGGAACGGUUCCUGUCUUGCGCCAACAGAAGGAGAGGAAUUUCUGACUUUGAACAACAGAAAGCAAAAGAAUUGGCUCGAAUAGAAGAGUUUAAAAAGGAGGAAAUGAGGAAGCUACAAAAAGAACGCAAAGUUUUUGAAAAGUACACUACAGCUGCGAGAUGUUUUCCAGAUAAGAAGGAACGUGAAGAAAUACAGACUUUAAAACAGCAGAUAGCAGAUUUACAGGAAGAUCUGAAAAGAAAAGAAGCAAAAUGGUCAAGUACACACAGCCGUCUUAGAAGCCAGAUAGAAGUGUUAGUCAAAGAGAACACAGACCUCCGGGAAGAAAUAAAAGUGAUGGAAAGAUUUCGGCUAGAUGCCUGGAAGAGAGCAGAAGCUAUUGAAAGCAACGUAAAGGCAGAUCAGUGUGUGACUGCUGUGAAAAAAGAUGAAUCCAUGAACCCAUUAUUUUGUUUCCAAAGAAGCCAGAUUUCUUCAGGAACCCAGGUAGAAAAAUGUAAGAAAAAUUAUUUGCCAACACAAGGCAAUCCGUCUCGAAGACUCAAGUCUCUUCUUCCUUGUGAUUUAGGCAGUUCGGAGAACGGACAAGCCAGCUCACCCAGGGAGCCAUUUGAACCAAUGAGACUCCCAGAUUGUGAACAUAAAGAAGAGGAAGAAGAAGAGGAAACUCAGGGAGAAAUCAGUCAUCCUGAUGGAAAGGUAGAAAAGGUUUUUAAGAAUGGGUGCCACGUUAUAUUGUUUCCAAAUGGAACACGGAAAGAAGUGAGUGCAGAUGGGAAGACUCUCACGGUCACUUUCUUUAAUGGUGACGUGAAACAGGUCAUGCCAGAUGAGAGAGUGAUCUACUACUAUGCAGCUGCCCAGACCACUCAUACUACUUACCCAGAAGGACUAGAAGUUUUACAUUUCUCAAGUGGACAAAUAGAAAAACAUUUUCCAGAUGGAAGAAAAGAAAUCACAUUUCCUGACCAGACUAUUAAAAACUUAUUUGCUGAUGGACAAGAAGAAAGCAUUUUUCCAGAUGGUACAGUUGUCAGAGUACAACGUGAUGGCAACAAAAUCAUAGAGUUUAGUAAUGGCCAAAGAGAACUACAUACCGCCCAAUUCAAGAGACGGGAAUAUCCAGACGGCACUGUUAAAACUGUAUAUGCAAACGGUCAUCAAGAAACAAAAUAUACAUCUGGUCGAGUAAGAGUUAAAGACAAGAAUGAUUCUAGGUUAAUGGAAGCCAGAUGUCCUUGAUGGAAGGGCACGUCACCUACAUGAUAGUGAAGGAUUUAUAAACACAAAAAGCACACUCCUUAAGGAAAAACUAAUAAGUUGCUGUUCAUCAAAAGAUACCACGUAAAAUGGAAAAGACAAGCCACAGAAUAGGAGAAGGUAUGUGCAACACAGAUACCUGACAUUACUAUAAAUUAUUACAAACAACUAAAGCCCUGAAAAAAAUUACAGACAACUCAGUAGAAAAAUAGGCAAAUAAGCAAUAAACUAAACAAGUGAAAAAAAUACCCAACCUCACUAACUACUGAGCCAGUAAAUGCACAUUAAAACAGUGAGGUACCUUUUUAUACUAGUAGCACAUACUGGCAGGUAAUGGUCUGGCAAUACCAAGUGUUGACAAGGAACUCAGACUACUGAGGGUAGUGUAAAUUGGUAAAACCACUUUUUAGAAAGCAAAGACUAUGUAUAUGCACUAGAAAAUCUCACAUGUACACAAGGGAUCCUACAGAAGAAUACUGGUAAAAGAGAAGAAAACUGUAAACAAUCUAAAUAACAAUAUAACAAAUUGUUGUUAUAUGCACACAGGUGAAUACAGCAGUGAAAGUAAAUGUUUAUCCAACACGGACAAACAGUGCACAUAAACAGUGCAAAUAAAAAAAUGUUUAUCCAACGUGGAUAAACAGCACAUAAUACCUCUUGUGUUUAAAAAUAUACAGAACAAUACCAUAUAUCAUAUAUGGAUGCAUUCACAUGUAGUAAAAUUAUAAAGAGUCAUACAAGAUAAAUUCCUUAUAGUGGCCACUUUUAUAGAAGGGGCAGAAAAUGUGACUGGAAAGGGAGUGCCACAGGAGCCUUCACUGAUCAUGUCUUAGUUCUUGAACUAAAAUGUUUUUUCACGUGCCUGAGAUACUUGAGGUUCAAAUUAUAAUAAAACAAUAUUUGAAAGCAAAUUCUUUAUUAUUUUUUCAGAUAUUUUCCAAACAAUUCUUAACAGUUCAACAUGUAAGGAAAAAAAAAAAAAAGACUGCACUAUCGCAGAACAAGUCAAGAAAAAUAAGUCUGAAACGAUCUAAAUAUAACAAAAUUUUCUUCUGGGCUGCUAAAAAUGCUCUGCGUUGUAUGCAAUGUACCUGAAAAACAAAAUGUUACCAUUUUAAACCUUUGUAUGAUGUUCAGAUCUAGUUGUUGAAGCACCUAUUACAUUUAUGUGAGUGAAUAUUAAAAAGUUAGCUGAUUAUACCCAAAUACUUUAAUAAAUUUGUUAUUAGGACAUGGAUUAUUUCACUAGUGCUACAUUUUUUAGUGGGUUUUUGUUUUAUGUGCAUAUCAUGUAUCUAUGUGUUUAAAUGAUGUUUGGUGCUUACUCUCUUCUGCUUAACCCUGUAAGCUAUCUGGUAACUUGACAACCACGAUAGGCAUUCCAAGCAUUCUUACAGAUACGGGACUUGACACUGGUGAGAAAGGCCUAUGGAGAGGAGAGCUGGAAGAGAGACUCUUGUGAAACUUAGUUGUUGUUCCUCUGAGAAAUGAAGGAGAGCCCAAGGGUGAUUUUAUGGGCAACUGAGCAUUAAUCUUUGCCAUAUUAGUCACAUGCCUUGUGCUGAUUAUAAGGAUGCACAAGAGUUGUAAUAUACUUACAUCAUUCAUCUCUGUCUGCAAGCCCCAUUUCAACUAAUGACAUAUGAACUGGAUACUGUUCAUCUUCAUAUAAUGUCACUAUUUGUUCUGGUGCCUGAGCCUAAAAUUAAAAGAUACGGUUGUCAAGAAAACACAAUAAUGUCUUGGUCACCUUUUCUCUCCUGUAUCUGGCCAUCUCAAAGGAUGACAAAGGCAUUUUCUAGGUUUAUUUAUAAUUCAACGGGGACACUGAUGGUUCAGUAGUAGAAUUCUCUCCUUAUACGAGGGAGACCUAAGUUUGAUGACUGGCCAGUGCACCUCAUGUGCAGCCACUACCUAUCUGUUACUGGAGGCUUGUAUGUUGCUGUGAUGCUGAACAAAUUUCAGUGGAGUUUCUAGACUACAACAGACUAGGAAGAAAGGCCUGGUGAUCUACUUCUGAAAAUCAGACAGUGAAAACCCUAUGGAUCACAACAGUCCGAUCUGUAACAGACCAUGGUCAUGGGGAUGUGUAGGAGCAGGCAGCCUUUUGUUUCACUAUGCAUGCGGUUGCCAUGAGAUGGGCUGACUUUGAUGGCAGCUUAACAGCAGCAUACUUUAAAGAGGCAUCUGUGAUGGUUCCCUACUAAAUCAUAUUCUUUCUGUUCUUCUGCUGUAUUUAAAUGGUAACAACUUCUCCCCAAGGUUUUCCUAAAAAACCAGUUGCCUUCAAGUCAAUCCCAACUGGUGACUCCAUGUGUCAGAGUUCUUGAACUGCUCCACGAUGGCAGAUACUUCAAAAGUGGAUCACCAGACCUUUCUUCCAACAUGUCUCUGGGUGAACUUAAAGCACGUUGACACCAUCCAGGCCACAAGGUUUUCCUAGACAGAGCCAAAAGUCUUUAACACUACCUUAUCAUCCCUGUUGGAAACCCUGGUGGUGUAGUGGUUAAGAGCCACGGCUGCUAACCAAAAGGUCAGCACUUUGAAUCCACCAGGUGCUCCUUGGAAACACCAUGGGGUGGUUCUACUCCGUCCUAUAAGGUUGCUAUGCGUCGGAAUCGACUCGACAGCAAUGGGUUUGGGUUUUUUAUUACCAUCCCUGUUAAAAUUUCACUUACACUGUACAUUUAAAGCAUUAUCCCUUUAUGCAUCAACUAAAUUUUGAUUGUUGUUCAGAGAGUUGACGAUGUAUCUAUAUUAUCUAUCAAGAUGGAUUUUUUUUUGCCCUCAAGUUGAUUCUGACUCACAGUGACCCUACAGGACAGAACAGAACUGCCCCAUAGGAUUUCUAAGUUUGUAAUAUGUUUACAGAAGUGGCUGCUAAGUUCAAAUUGCUGACCUUUUGGUUAGCAGCUGAGCGCUUAACCACUGCACCACCGGCACUCCUAUCGCUAUACAUAAAUGUACAUAUAUCUAUAAGAAUACUCUAUUUUCACUGUUUCCUUAAAAGAAGCCCUGCAUAAGCUAUUUACGCUACUUUGCACACAAAGCAUGUUAGGUACAGGGGUUUUCAAAAAGCACUUUAUAGUAACAGCAGGGUUUCAAUAUGGCUCAAUCUUGUCAUAGCCAGUACUUCAGGAAAACCCCAAAUCAUGUGCCUUACAGGGGCCAGGCAGGUAUGAAAAAGGGGUGGAACAGGUUAGGUUGAAGUGGUGAGGACAAUGAUGAAGAACAUGUUCCCCCACAUAAAAGGGAUUGUGCCACACCACUCCAGCUGAUUGCCAUUUAGGAAGAGAGACCCAUGGUGCUAUAGAUUUUAUAUUAGAUGCCAGAAAUAGACUUUUUAAAAAAUUUUAAAUUUUUAAACACUGCACUAAAUAAAACAUGGUUGCAGUCAUAUUCUGUCUGUUGACUCCUUUGUGACAUGCUAAGCUUUUAUUUAAAAAAGCAAGCCUAUUUAUAUUGAGAACAAUUUUGGAGUUUCUAAUUUGAGGUUUUUGAUAAAAGUUGUACUACAUUAAUUCAAAUUGAGGACAAUUCAAGCUUGUCUGUGACCUUGAUCAGAACAUCCUUUCUGGUCUUUCCUACUCAUCUUUCAAGAUGUAGCUCAAAUAUCACUUCCCUAACCUUAUUAUUCAAUAAAUACUUGACUGUGUACUAAGAAACAGCUCAACCACCAUUUCCUAAUCUUUCCAGAUAGAAGUAAUCAUUCCUUCUUGUCUCCCUUUUCCCCCGGGAACGUUGUUUAUACCUCUAUUAUAGUACUUACUUCAUCCUAUGUCAUAUUAAUUACUUGUUUACAGGGCUUCCUUAUUGGCUUGCAAGUUCUUUGAUUAUAGGAUACUCAUCUUGAUCAUUUUUGUCUCAUUCAUUGUGUGAAUUGUAUCAUUUUAUAUUACUGUAGGGCUAAUAAACUUUGUUAAAUACAAGCAUGUUAAACUUUUAACAAUUACUAGUUUUAUAGUAUAUACAUCUUUAUAUAUUUUACUAUAUAUUUGCAUUUAGAAUUGCAUAAAUAGGAAGCAUUUUACAAAGUUAAUAGGAACCCAAAAAAUAGCUUUGAAAGAAUUUUGGCUAAUUAAAACAGAUGCUUACUAUUGAAGAAGCAUAAAGUUGUUUUCCCUGAAGACAGUCUAUCAUAGCCCACAAUGCUUCCAUGCUCCAUUUGGGACAAUAUGGUAUUCUUGUCUUUCCUGAAUCUCUUAGGGGAGGUUUAAACCCUGCCAAGAGAACUUUUAUGGCUCGGGUUGGAUACUGCAUAAGGUGCAGAGGAAUUUGACGUAGUCUGUCAAAAAAGAAUGUAACAAUUGAAUUUCUCUGAUAAAAAACAAUUUAAAAUAGCUCAAAGAGAAUAAAAUACUUAGGAAUAAAUCUAACAAAAAGAAGUACAAGAUUUGUACACUGAAAACUACAAAACAUUAUUCCAAGAAAUUAAGGAUGACCUAAAUAAAUGGAAAGACAACCUGUGUUUAUGAACUGAAAGAUUUAAUAUUGUUAAGAUGGUAAUAAUCCAGUUUGGAUCUACAGAUGCAAUACAAUGCCUAUUGAAAUCCAGUUGCCUUUCUGCAGAAAUUGACAAGCUAACCCUAAAAUUCAUAUGGAACUGCAAGGGACCCAGAAUAACCAAAACAUUCUUGAAGAAUAAAGUUGGAAGGACUCAUACUUCCCGAUUUCAAAACUUACUACAAAGCUACAGUAAUUGAGAGAGAAAGGUACUGGAGUAAGGAUAAAAAAAUCAAUGAAAUAUAAUUGAGGUUCCAGAAAUAAAUCUCUCCAUUUAUGGUCAAUGGAUUUUUUUUAUUUAUUUUGUUUUGUUCUUGAGAAUAGACACAGCCAAACACACCAAUUCAACCAUAUCUUCAUGUACAAUUCAGUGACAUUGAUUACAUUCUUCCAGUUGUGCAACCAUUCUCACCCUCCUUUUCUGAAUUGUUCCUCCACCAAUAACGUAAACUCACUGCCCCCUAAAUUUCCUAUAUAAUCUUUCGAGCUGCUGUUGUCAAUUUGAUCACAUAUAGAUAGCUCUUGAAAGAACACAAUGCUCAAGGCAGACGUUCUCUUUACAUAACAUAUGCCGUCCACGUUUGUUUGCCAACCGUGCCCUCCCCCUGUGAGGUACUCUGACAGGUGCCACUAUGCCAGUUUGUUUACACAUGUUGCUGUAAAGAAAUUAGCAUAGUUGAUGAAAACACCUUGCAGAAGGGCACAGUUGGCGAACAAAUGUAGAAGGUUUAUGUUAACUGCAUAAAAAUAUGGUAGUUAAGCUGUUUGGUUUUAAGAAGACUUCAGGGGCUUUUUUGGUUUAAGGUUUAAAGAUUUUCUCAGGCCAAUAGUUUCAGGGGUUUAUCCCACCUCCGUGGCUCCAGAAAGUCCAUGAGAAUUUAAAACUCUGUCCUGCAUUUCUCCCCAUUUGAUUAGGAUUCUUCUGUAGCAUCUUUUAUCACAAUGUUCAGUAGUGAUACCUGGGCACCGUUAAGUUCUGGUUUCAUGGCAAAGGAGGCAGCUGUUCAUGGAAGCGAUUAGCCAUACAUUCCAUAUCCUCCUGUUCCUGACUCUCCUUCUUCCUCUAUUGCUCCAGACAAAUAAGGACCAAUUGUUGCUGCUUGCAAGCUUUUAAGACCCCAGGCCUUACACAAUGAACUAGAAGGUAGAACAGAAGCACUAAAGAUAUGAUAAAGCCAAUUAACUGCGAUGUCCCAUGAAACCAUGAUCCUAAACCUCCAAACCAAGGAACCAAAUCUCAUGAGGCUUUUGGUUGUACAUAAGUAGCCUCAGCAGCUACUCUUUUCCUUUUUUGUCAUUGUAAGUAUAUCACACAACUUUAGCCAAUUCACCUUUUUACAGGUGUACACUUUGUUGACAGUAAUUCCAAUAAUGAGCUGUGCAACCCUACCCUUAAUGUGAUUUUUCCAUCACCAUUAAUAGCCCCUUUUCCCCCUCUCCUACCACUCCUGGUAACCCCUAAUAAAUUUUGUUCUCUAUACAUGUGCUUGUUCUUUUCCUUUUAUAUAGUGAGGUCAUAUAACAUUUGUCCUUCUGUGAUUGACUUAUUUCACUCAGCAUGAUGCCUUUAAGCUCCAUAUUGUAGCAUGUAGGAAGACUUCAGUUCUACUGGCUGAAUAUUAUUCCAUUGUAUGUAUGUACUACGUUUUUUUAAUCCAUCUUUUGAUGGGCAUUUAGGUUGUUGCCACAUUUCCGCUAUUGUGGAUAGCGUGAACAUUGGUGUACAAGUCUCUGAGUCUCUGCUUUCAAGUCUUUUGGGAGUGGAAUUACUGCUGGGUUUUGGUUUUUAUGUUCUAUUUUUAGCAUUUUGAGGAGCUGCCACACUGCUUUCCACAGCAGCUGUAUCAUUUUGCAUUCCCACCAGCACUGGAUAAGGGUUCCAGUUUCCCCACAUCCUCACCAACAUUUCUGAAAAAAAAAAGUGAGAGUGAAAUGGUAUCUCAUUGUGAUUUUGGUCUGCAUCUCUGACGGUUAAUGACACUCGGCAUCAUUUCGUGUGUUUGGUGCCAUCAGAAUGUCCUCUUUGGUGAAAUGUCUAUUCAGGUCCUUUGCUCAUUUUAUGACUGGGUUGUCUUUUUGUUGUUGUCGAAGUCUUACACAUAUUUUGGUUAUUAGAUUCUUGUCAGACAUAUGGUUUCUGAAGAUAUUCUCCCAGUUGGUAGCUUGUCUUUUCACUUUUUUGGCAAAGUCUUUUGACGAACAGAAGUGUUAAGUAUUUAUGAGGUUCCAUUUAUUUAUUUCGUCUUUUCCUUUUGUGAUUAUAAUAGAUAAUCCGUUGAUAAGAGCUAGGCCUGACAGUGUUGCCCCUGCUUUUUCUUCUAAGAACUUUAUGGAUUUAGUUUGCAUGUUUAGGUCCUAAUCCAUUUUAAAUUUGUUUUUGUGUAUGGUGUGAGGCAUGGAUCUUGUUUCUUUUUUUCUGCAUGUGGAAAUCCAAUUUUCCCAGCAUCAUUUAUUAGAGAUUCUUGUAUCCCCAUUGAAUGGACUUAGCACCCUUAUCAGAAACCAGCUGACCAUAGAUGUGUAGAUUUACUUCUAGACUCUUAAUUCUUUUCCAUUGUUUCAUGUGUCUAUUGUUACACCAAUAUCUGGUUGUCCUGUUUUAAAAUCAGGAAGUGUGAAUCCUGUUACUUUCUCUCUUUCAACAUUGCUUUAGCUAUUCGAGGCCUCUUGCCAUUCCAUAUAAAGUUGAGGAUUGGUUUUUCUGCUUCUGUAAAGAAGGCUGUUAGAAUUUUGAUCGGGAUUGUGUCGAAUCUGUAGUUCAUUUUGGGUAGUACUGACAUCUUAAUAUUAAGUCGUCUAAUCCAUGAACAUGGAACAUCUUUCCAUUCAUUUAACUCUUCCUUAAUCUCUUUCAGCAGUGUUUUAGUUUUCAUUGUAUAAGUCUGUCGUGUUUCUGCUUAGAUUUAUUCCUAGGUAUUUUAUUCUCUUAGAUGCUAUUUUAAAUGGAAUUGCCAUUUUAUUUUUUUUCACUGUGCUUUCGUUGAAGUUUACAGCUCAAAUUAAUUUCAAGGUAAUUUCUCAUACAAAAAUUUAUAUACAUAUUAUUAUGUGACACUAAUUGCAAUCUCUAUAACUAAUAUGCAAUCUCUGUCACACUUUCCCUUUCCACCCCUGGUUUCCCGUGUCCAUCCAACCAGCUCCUGUCUGUUCCUGCCUUCUCUUCCUGCCUCCAGACAGGAGCUGCCCAUUUGGUCUCGUGUACCUGCUUGAACUAAGCAGCACACUCUUCAUGAAUAUUAUUUUAUGUUUAAUAGCCCAGUCUAAUCUUUGAAGAGUGGGCUUCAGGAACGCUUUUAGUUCUGGGAUAACAGAGCAUACAGAGGCCAUGGCUUUGAGGGUUCCACCAGUCUCAGACUAUUAAGUCUGGUCUUUUCACGUGAAUUUUUACGUGAACUUUUCUCCUGCUCUCUCAGGGACUCUCUGUUGUUUUUUAAAUGGAAUUGCUACCCUAAUUUCCCUUUCACACUUCUCAUUGCUGUUGUAUAGAAACCCAAGUGACUUUUGUUAAAAUAGGCAGAAAAUGUGAAUAGAAAUUUCUCCAUAGAAGAUAUACAGCUGCCCAAUAAACACACAAAAAGAUGCUCAACAUCGUUAGAAGUUAGGGGAAGUGCAAAUCAAGUCCACAACGAUAUACCACUUCAUACCUACCAGAAUAGCUAUAAUCAAUAAAAUGGAAAAUAGCUAGUGUUGGAGAGGAUGUGAGAAAUUGGUACAUUCAAAUAUUGCUGGUGGGAAUAUAAAAGGGUGCAGCAACUCUGGUAAACAUUUCGGCAGUUUCUCAAAAUGUUAAACAGAGUUGUCAAAUGACUUAGUAAUCCACUCCUAGGUAUAUACCCAAGAGAAAUGAAAACAUAUGUCCUCACAAAAACUUGUACAUUUUACAUUUAUGAUAGUCAAAAAGUGGAACCAACCCAAAUGUCUAUCAGUUAAUGAACAGAUAAAAAGUGGUAUAUCCAUACAAUGGAAUGCUAUCCAACAAAAAAAGGAAUAAAGUGCUGAUACAAGCUGCAAUAUGGACGAACCUUGUAAACUUUAUAGUAAAUGAAAGAUGCCGGUCACUAAGGACCACAUAUUGUAUGAUUCCAUUUGUAUGAGAUGUCCAAAACCAAACUAGUUGCAGUCAAUUUGAUUCUGACACAUAGUGACCCUACAGAAUAGAGUAGAACUGCCCUAUAGGGUUUCCAAGGCUGAAAUCUUUAAGGAAGGAGACUGCCAUAUAUUUCUCUUGUGGAGUGGCUGGUGGGUUUGAACUGCUGACCUUUCAUUUAACAGCUGAGUGUUUAACCAGUGUGCCAUGAGGGAUCCCUAUGAAAUAUGCCACCACUGCCGUCGAGUCGAUUCCAACUUGUAGCGGAAUAUGCAGAUGAUGCAAAUAUAUAGAACGGAAAGUAGAUAAGUGGUUGUCAGGAGCUGGGGGAAAGGAAUAAUGGGGAGUGAUUCCUAAUGGGUUUGGAGUUUCUUUUUGUGGCGAUGAAGAUGUUCUGGAAUUGGUGAUGAUGGUUGCAAAACAUUUUGAAUAUACUAAAAAUCAAUGAAUUCUAUACUUAAAAAAACUGAUUUUGGGAGGGCCAAGAUGGUGGAGUACUCAGACACUUCCGGUGAUCCAUCUUACAACAAAGACCUGAAGAAACAACUGAAAUGAUUAUAUAUGAUAAGUUAGAAGCCCUGAACGUCAAAGGCAAAGUUAGAAAACGGACUGAGCGGCAGAGGGAGGGAGAGAUGGCUCAGAAGUGGCGAUGAGUUGCUGGACCUGACUCAAUGGGAAGCCUCAGGCAAGAUCCCCUAGAGUGACUGGUGGGGCUGGCGGUAGCAUUCCAGACACAGUUUCCUCAGGGACAGACAGCAAGCUACACAGCUUGCUCACACCUCUGAAACCAGUGGCGAAUGGUGGUCUUGUCAAAAGCUAAGUACUUGAGUCUAUUUUUUGUGCUCCCAGCCUCCAGGCUGGCUUCAGUGGCUGUCAAUUUCCCUGGGCCUGAGAUAGGUCCUGCUGCAUGUCCAGAGCUAGUCUCCCGGCCUUGGAGGAGGAAAACAAAUUAACGAUUGGGGGAAAAGAUAAUCUGCUAGCUCUAAUAAGCUGGAAAGCUUGAGACAGAAGUGGCUCCUGUCCAGGCACAAACUGUCCGCAGACUUUGAAUACAUUUCACCCCUGCAUGGACCUGUGUGGGCCUAUUUCAGAAGAAUAGGUCCUUGUUGGCAGACUGAAACUGUUGCAGCUGUACCUCCCUGUCCUUACGACCAAAAGCACUGGGUGCCCAUGGUCAGGCUGGAGGACCCAUUCACCUGUGCUCUCUAGAGAAGGAUGUGCUUUCCUUACAAACACUUCGGGGACUGUAGUCAGCCCCCUGCCUUGUUCAGAGUGUGACCCUGUGCUGCAACCAGAUACCUGUAACUACACGAAUCACCCCUGCCCCUCUUAAGACUGUAGGAAAGACCCUGUACCACACACUCGAUGACCAAAUACCUGGACACCUGAGCUGAAUCCACGCAAGAAAAGUGAAUGGACUCCCUGGCUCAUCUACCUGGUAACAGCUGUAGUCAUCUGGUGACAGGAUGUUAGAGCUUCAAAGGCACAAAUAACCAAGCUAGCUCACUAAAGCAGCCUAUUUGGGCAUAUGAAAAGAAAACAAUUCAAGAAGCUAGGAUACAGUAAACAAACAUAAAAAAUAACUUAUACAUGGCUUGGAGACAAAAGUCAAUACCAAAUCACAUAAAAAAGACCAUGAUUGCUUCAACAAGCUCUCAAAGAAUCAAGGAAUCUUCCGGAUGAAGGUGUCUUCCUGGAAUUACCACGUAUAGAAUACAAAAGAUUAAUAUACAGAACUCUUCAAGACAUCAGGAAUGAGAUAAGGCAAAACGCAGAACAAGCCAAGGAACACACAGAGCAGUUGAAGAAAUUAAAAAGGUUAUUCAAGAACAUAAUGAAAAAUUUAAUAGGCUGCAAGAAUUCACAGUAAGACAACAAUCAGAAAUUCAGAAGAUUAAGAAUAAAAUUACAGAAUCAUACAACUCAACAGAAAGUCAGAGGAGCAAAACUGAGGAAAUGGAUGGCAGAAUUAGUGAGACUGAAGAAAAAACACUUGGCACCAAUGUAUUUGAAGAAAAAUCAGAUAAAAAUUUAAUGAAAUGAAGAAACCCUAAGAAUCAUGUGGGACUCUAUCAAGAGAAAUAACCUAUGAGUGACUGGAGUACCAGAACAGGGAGGGAUAACAGAAAAUACAGGGAGAAUUGCUGAAGAUUUGUUGACAGAAAACUUGCCUGAUACCGUGAAAGAUGAGAAGAUAUCUAUCCAAGAUGCUCAUCAAACUCCACAUAAGCUAGAUCUCAAUGGAAAGUCACCAAGAUAUAUUAUAAUCGAACUUGCCAAAACCAAAGAUAAACAGAGAAUUUUAAGAGCGGCUAGGGAUAAAUGAAAAGUCAUCUACUAAGGAGAGUCAAUAAGAACUCGCUCAGACUAUGUGGCAGAAACCAUGGAGGCAAAAAGUCAAUAGGAUGGGUUGACUUAUGUAAAGCACUGAAGGAAAAAAAUUGCCAGCCAAGAAUCAGAUAUCCAGUAAAACUGUCUCUCAAUAUGAAGGCGAAAUUAGGACAUUUGCAGAUAAAAAGAAGUUUAGGGAAUUUGUAAAUAUCAAACCAAAACUACAGGAAAUAGUAAAGGGAGUUCUCUGGUUAGAAAAUCAACCGGAUGUCAACCCAGAUAGGGAAAUCACAAAAAUAAAUCAACAUAAAAAAAAUGCUGAAAACAGGGAAACAGCGAUGUCAUUAUGCAAAAGAUGACGACAUUAAAAUAAAGAGGGACUAAAAAAUGUAGUCCUAGAUCUUUCAUAUGAAGAAGUCAAGGCAAUAUAAAGAAAUAAAAGUUAGGUUUAAACUUAGAAAAACAGGCGUAAAUAGUAAGGUAACCACAAAGAAGACUAACAAUCCCACUCAUUAAAAUAAAGUACAAGAAAAAAAUAAAGACUCAGCAGAAACAAAAUCAACAGCGAAUAAGAGGAAAAGACAGUAUAUAAACUACUCAGCACAAAAAAUUAAAUGGGAAAAAGAAACUGUCAAAAACACACAGAAAAAGACAUCAAAAUGACAGCAUGAAAUUCAUUAAAAAAAAAAAAAAACUACCUACCCAUAAUUACCCUGAAGGCAAA